CCAGGGUUUCCAAGUUAACAAAAAACGUCUGUAAAACGUACGACUAACAUAAAAUGGUUUUGUUUUGGACUCAACUUGGUUUAAAACAAAAGGAUUUUAAAUGUAAGGUUCGUGUCAUACACGACAGCUGGAUAUUGGGGGUAAGAUAGAUUUAAGAUUGAAAUCCAAGUCAUCAUCACUCCAUAGCUCUCUUUUAUUUCUCACCCCUGGCAUUCACAAGCGAGGGUGGUUCCGGACGUGCGCUGUCUGUCCAUCAAAGCCAUGGGGAAGGACUACUACAAGACCCUGGGCAUCCAGGCGGGGUCCAACGAGGACGAGAUCAAGAAGGCCUACAGGAAGAUGGCCCUCAAGUUCCACCCGGACAAGAACAAGGAGCCCAACGCCGAGGAGAAGUUCAAGGAGAUCGCCGAGGCCUACGAGGUGCUGAGCGACCCCAAGAAGAGGGUCAUCUACGACCAGUACGGGGAGGACGGUCUGAAGAAAGAUGGCACUGGCUCGACAGGUAACUCUGGUGGCAGCUACCACUACACCUUCCAUGGUGACCCCCACGCGACCUUCGCCUCCUUCUUCGGCGGCUCCAACCCCUUCGACAUCUUCUUCGGCUCAGGCCGCAGCGGGGGCACGCGCGGCGGCGGGACCACCCACCACACCACGUCCAAUGGCUUCAGCUCCAGCGACCAUCACCACGACAACCAUCACCACGACAACGACAUCGACAUGGACGACAUGGACGACCCCUUCGGACCCUGGGGCCACUUCGGCUCCACCUUCAGCGCCUUCAACGGCCUCAACGGCUUCCAUCACCACGGCAGCAGCAGCGUUGGCGGGGGGCGUAGGACGCAGCGGGCGGAGCCUCUGAGGGGGCGUCGGCGCGUGCAAGACCCGCCCGUUGUGCACGAGCUGCGCGUCUCAUUGGAGGAGAUCUUCCACGGCUGCACCAAGCGCAUGCGCAUCACCCGCAGACGCCUGAACGCGGACGGACGCAGCAUGCGCACCGAGGACAAGAUCCUGAACAUCGUGAUCAAGCGCGGCUGGAAGGAGGGCACCAAAAUCACCUUCCCCAAGGAGGGAGACGAGACGCCCGACAACAUACCUGCCGACAUCGCCUUCGUGCUCAAGGACAAGGGACACCCGCACUUCAGACGCGAAGGAUCCAACAUCUUCUACACCGCCAAGAUCAGCCUCAAAGAGGCGCUGUGUGGCUGCACCAUCAACAUUCCCACCAUCGAGAACCGGGUGAUCCCGCUGGCGUGCAACGAGGUCAUAAAGCCAGGCACCACCAAGCGGGUGCGUGGCGAGGGCCUGCCCAACCCCAAGAACCCCUUGGUGCGUGGAGACCUGGUCGUGGAGUUCCAGGUGCGCUUCCCCGACAGGAUACCCCCACAGUCCCGCGAGAUCAUCAAACAGCACCUGCCACAGUCUUAAAAGUGUCGACUUCGUUUGGGACUUCUUUUGGAGUUGUUCAUUCAGUUUUGUUUGUUUGGGUUUUUUUGUUUUGUUUGUUUGUUCGUUUCGUUUCGGAACUACUUUUUUGUUUUGUUUGUUUAUUUGCUUUUGUAAAGAAGAGGAAAGAAAAGGAAAAAAAGAAAAAAAAAUACAAAAACAUUAUACCGUCAUAUACCUUAUGGCUGUUGUUACACAGAUGCUAAUAUAUAAUUUGAAGACGGACAAAAGAACGCACACACACACGAGAGUGUGCCAAGAGGAACCUCACUUCUUUUUUUCUGCCUUUUUUUGAAUUGCUGUUUGUACACAUAGAAAUGGAUAGACGCUGGCCUAUUUUUUUUUUAAUCCAGGAUAUUUUGUAAGGAUACCCCCUUUUUUAUUUACGCUUUUUGCCCCCCAUUUGUCUACGGAAUAAGGUUUAUAAGGCAAACGUUCCAUUUCAUACGUCAGUUGGAUAUUUUUUGCUUUUUUUAAAAUCAUGGAUGUUCUCCAAAGAAGCGUGGAAAAACUGUUUUGUCUUUGAAUCAGUUGAAUCAGCUGUUUUGCGUGAACUUUCAAUUUCCCGAUCACUGAAACAUCGAUCCAUAACAGAUCCCAUCAUGGUGAAUGGACUAAUAUCUCAUCUAAUUGAUUAUGUCUUAUUCCAUCCUUCAAUAAAUAACAAACAUCACCACACACAGCUAGAGUUCAUUUGCAGUCACAGUAAAGGCUAUCAGGACUCGUAACCCACCACAUCAGGGGCCUAUACUGCAGCACUGCUUCAGGAGUAAACCAGGUUAAGUUAAGAGGUAAAUCAUCUAAUAGAAGAGCCUGGAGUCCUCAUUUUCUUAACUCAGGCUCUAUGAUUUACCUUUUAACUUAACCUGGUUUACUCUUGAACCAGCUUUGUAGUAGGCUAUAGGCCUCAGGUGGUGUUACAAUAAGCAAUUCUCAGAGCCCAAACCAAUCAAGGUGCUUAUUGUCAGAAGUGUCAAAAAUUCGGUACAGAAGUAAAAAAAACAAAAAAAACCUCUGCCACAGUUUCCUUCAAACACAGGUGAGUAGCUUGUCUACCUGUCGUGAGUGCUCAAGAGGAUCAGCUGAUUUAGAGCUGGUUGGAUCAAAUUUGUGGCUCGGUUUUUUACCUUCUGAACCCAGGGUUGACAUCUCUGUAUGCUUAUUGUGUCGUGUGGCAAACUGCCUUAACCUUGCGGUACAUACGCUAUGGUACACAUUUGAAUCACAUUUCACACUGGGUGAGUGCCUUAACUUGGCUACAACCAGCAUUCCUUUUUUUAUAUAUAGUAAAAAAAAAGUGCUGGGAAACAUGUCAAUCACACAAUAAAUAGUAAUAGCACAGGAGCAAUCUUGCGCUUACGUGAUCAAAUAACAUACAAACGCACACUUGACAGUGUAUAUUACAGUUUUCAUAUUCCUUGACUGUCGACAGCCUCUGAUCUCACCGUCUUUCGGAUCAGAUGGGUUUCUGUUGGCAGCAAACGUAGAACAACCUACCGGUGUCAGUUUGGGCUCAAAUCACAAACACCACUGAAUAUUCUCUGUCACUGAGCAUUCCAGAAAUCUCCAUGGCUAUACAGUAGUCAGAAAGACGGGUAGCUUGCCGCCAUGGAGAGAGGAGAAUGUGUGUGUGUGUGUGUGUGUGUGUGUGUGUGUGCGCGCUGCUUGCGUGCGUGCGUGCAUGUGUGUAAAUCAGAAAGGCUUAUUGACAGAGUAUGCUCAGUACUGUGUUGCUUAGAAAUGAAACCACAGUCAGUGAGAACACACACUGUACAUGUUGUUGAAGCUAGUGUACUGGCAGGGGGCAGGGGGUUGGUUUGCUUCUCACUGCAACUUGGUGCUUGUCAUUUCUACAUUUCAUUUCAUUUUUUUAAGGAACAGUGAAAUGCUGUUUGUAUUUUACAAAACAAAUGUUAUUGUUAACAAAUGUUAGCAAAUGUUAUUAAACCUGUUUUGUCUGCCUUUGCUAAAUUUUUACCUGAUGUUGUUGACAUUUCAAAUGUUUGAAGGACAUUUCCAGAAACCUCUUUGUAUUAGCAAAGCUUGACCCAGUCAAGUCUUAUGUUAGGUCUGCGAACGAGCCUGCAGGAUCUCCAAACCUACUCUGAAGAAUGUGAAGACGGCUGUAGAAUUGAGAGAUGGAUUUAUCACUGGCAGUAGCAUGCAUUCAAUUGGACUGGAUCCUUAUAGCCUCAUCGGUUGUGUGUGAAGCAGUCCUAUUUAGAUAUCAAUCUUUGCUUUUUUAUUUUUUCCCCUACACCAGUCCUGCUUGGUGCUUGUUGUUCAGACACAGUUGUUGACACAGCGAGAGACAUGGAGGGUGGAUGACAUAUUAAAAUGUUCAGACACAAGUCACUGUGACUGGCCUUGCAGCUUCUGGUUCCAUUUAUUCUAUUCCUAUAUAAGCUGUACAUUUUUUACAGUAUUUCCCCAUAGAAGUUGACAGUGGAUUGAAGGGGCCUAUAAAGCAUGCUUACAGUGAUGGAAAGAAAAAAGGACGUGUUCAUGGUGAAUCGGAAGAAACUUUUGGAUGUAUUAGAUGGAUUGGAUUCGAUGGAUUUGUGGGGGUGGGGGUGGGGGUGGGGUUGGGAUGCGGGUACUGGGACAGCAAUCCAGAUGUGAGUCUUGUGUGUCUGUGCACCCGCAAAUCUGACCUUGGGGCUAAAAGGAGAACUGGGGCCAAUUUCAGCAUGCUGUUACAUUGGUCACGCUGCCCUUGUCUUGACAGUAGCCAAAGACGCUUCGUUUUUUUUGUUCAGCUUUUUCCGAACCACUGGCCAGCUAAUGGGAACAUGGGCUUGUUUACAUAUUGUUUGAGAUCUCUUAACAUACAAAAUAUUGUGAAGUCAAGAGAGGGUGUCAGAGGCAUGCUGAAGUCUGUUUAAAAGUUCUUUAUUGAAACAUGGACAUCAAACUGACGUGUUUCAGUUGUGUGAGACCUUCUUCAGGGCCUUCUAGGCCCCAAUAAGGUCGCACACAAACAAAACAUGUCAGCUUGAUGUCCAUGUUUCAAUAUAGCACUUUAAAACAGACCGGAGUGUCUCUUGUCUUCACGGUUUGCAUUUUUGGAUACCGAUGAGCACCUGAAGAUUUUUACGUGAUUACCCCACAGACACAACUUAUUCCUCUCCCCGCAAUACUCAAAAUAUUAUUCCAAAUGUUACGCAGCAUCAGCAGACAGGCACAACACAGCACUAACAUUUGAGAUGAUAUUUGGAGCAUGACAAGACAUUUUAAGCAUAAACAAUACAUAUGAAAUCAACCCAUGCCUUCAACAGCUGACCAGGAUCUUGGAAAA